AUGUCACCUCACGAAAAGCCCGAAGCAAUAGGCGCCAAAGACCAGGCCACCUCCUCAACGAAGCUAGCCUCAGCAAUGGACGACAGCUCGGAGCUCAAGGCAACCAUUGAGACCAGCGCGGGCACCGUGACCGACCUCGAUGAAGCAGGCAUCUUUCUGCAGCAGCACAACUAUACGCAAGCCUACCUGGCCGAGCUCCUGCAGGAUGCCGACCUCAACAAGCGCCUAGUUCGCAAGGUCGACCGCACCCUUAUGCCACUGCUGUGCGGCACUUUCUUCCUGCAAUUCAUCGACAAGCAGGCGCUGAGCUACAGCGCCGUGUUUGAUCUCUUCCCCUCGACGGGUAUCACGCAGACGGAAUAUUCGUGGCUGGCGUCUAUAUUUUACAUGGCGUACCUCGUCGCUGAGUGGCCUUCCAGUUAUCUGGCGCAGCGAUUCAACACUUCGCGUGUGAUCGCCGGCUUCGUGACCAUCUGGGGCUGCAUCAUGCUCUUGACAGUGGCGUCGCACAACUUCACCGGCAUGGCCAUCUGUCGCUUCUUCCUCGGCUGCUUCGAGAGCGUCAUCACCCCUGCCUUCAUGAUGAUCGUCGGCAUGUGGUACGUAAAGGAGCAGCAGCCAGCGCGCGCGGGCAUAUUCUACUGCUUCAACGGCUUUGGUUCUGCAGUUGGUGGCCUCCUGUUCUACGGCACAGGCUACAGCACGACCCUGGCCGUCUGGCGGACCAUUUACAUCAUCUGCGGUGGGCUCACAGUUGUCUGGGGCAUCGUGCUUUUUGCGUUCUUGCCGGCGAACAUCAUGUCCGCGCGCCAGUUCACGACAGAGGAAAAAGCUCUCCUUAUCGCGCGCGUCCAAGCCAAUCGCACGGGCGUGUAUAAUCGCAAAAUCAAAGUCAGCCACAUCAUCGAGGCCCUGACAGAUCUGCAGGUCUGGCUGUUGUUUCUGUUUGUGUUUGCCAAUGAAGUCAUCAAUGGCGGCAUUAGCAACUUCGGGAAACUCAUCAUCAAGAACGUUGUAAAGGGCGAUUCUUUGCGGACUACGGCAUAUGGGAUCCCGCAGGGCGCAUUCCAGGUCGCUUGGGUGUUUUCGGGGCCGUACCUUGCAUCCAAAAUCAAGAACUCGCGUACGGUGAUUAUGUGUUUGUAUCUGGUUCCGACGAUUGUGGGGACAACUCUGCUGUACAAGUUGCCCAGGACCAACGUGCCAGGGUGUCUUGUGUCUUAUUACAUUAUCGGAUCGUUCGUCGCGUCCCUUGUGCUGGCGCUGCAGCUCCCGGCGAGCAACCUGGGCGGGUACACGAAGCGCGUCACUGGAACCGCGGUCGUGUUUCUUGCUUACUGUGCGGGAAACAUAGUCGGCCCACACGCCUUCCUCGCCUCCGAAGCCCCGAUCUAUGAGACCGGCGUGCGCACCGUCAUCGGGUGCAGCGUCGCGCAGUUUGUGCUCGCGGUAGCACUGAGAAUCCUGCUCGUGAGCCGGAACAAGCGGCGUGAUCGCGAAGCUGGAGAGAGACAAGCAGAAGGUGAUGAGGCCGGGAUGGGUCAGAAUCAGGGACAGGGAGGCGUGAGUGAGAGUGAAGUCUUGGAUGACUUGACAGAUUUCCAGAACCGGCGGUUUCGGUAUACUUAUUAG